GUCAAACUUGUCGAUCUAGUGUAACAGUGACGCUUGGCAAACUUGAGAAUUGGAUCGACAGGUGUGCCAGGACGCGCUCGCAAGAAGGAUUUGCAAAUAAAGCCAGUAUAACAUACUGUAGUAAUUUCUAUGCGAUUGUAACCGCAUAUGUAAACAAAUGACGGGGCCAGACGUUUUGCAUCCGCCUCUGGUCCAUGUCGGGGGGCGAAACUACCGCGUGCAGGGCACUGCCGCUUCAACCUUUUCUCACUUGCCAGAGCGUGGAGAGCAUGCAGCGGGGCGACCAGCAGCGCCAAGGCAUUAUGACGAUGACGAUGAGGAGGACUUUAACGCGGCGUCGUCCGGCGGAGCCGAGCCAUCCAUUGACGAGUCUCUAAUAACUCAGGACCAGAGCGGGCAGUUCCAGGCGCGGCUGUCCUGCGAUCCGGAGGUUUACCCCAUGCUCAUCGGCAAGGAGGGCGCUAAAAAGAAGCGGCUGGAGGCGGAGACCGGCGCCACGUUGAUUAUACCGCGCAAGACGGCGGCGGGUCCGCAGGGCGGCGGCGGCGGUGGCGACGUGACCAUCCGCGGCCCCAGCAAGGCGGUGGUGGCGUCCGGCUACCUGCGGACCGAGCUGGCCAUGGCGGAAGCGGUGGCGGGCAGGCUGUUGGACUACAACUACUUCCUGUCGUUGCCGCUCGCCACGCCCGCCACCGUACGGCAGUUCGAGGCGUUCAGGAAGGGCGUGCUGGGGGACCCCAAGGUGUGUCCCCCCGGCUGCGGCCUGGAGCCCUCCGUGUUUAUGGCCCCGCAGCAACUGCACCUCACGUUGGUCAUGCUCAAGCUCUACAGCGACCAGAAGAGGCACGCCGCACAGCAGGCUCUCGACCGGCUGCGGCCACGUGUGGGGGCACUGCUGGCGGGGCAGCCGCUCAAGGUGCACCUGCAGGGCCUGGAGUACAUGAACGACGACCCCUCGGCCAUGCACGUGCUAUACCUCAAGGUGGCGGACAUGGGCCCGGGCGGCCGGCUGGAGGCGCUGUGUGACAUGGUGGUGGAGGAGUUUGGUCGGGCGGGGCUGCUACUGCCGCAGGACGACCGCAAAGUAAAGCUCCACGCCACCAUCAUCAACACCCGGUAUCGCAAGCGCGGCGCGGAGCAGCAGCAGGGCGGCGGCGGCGGCGGCUCCUCCUCCCAGCAGCAGCGGCCGCAGCAGGGCGGGCGCCCGUCGGACCGGCAGCCGUUUGACGGGCGGGCGCUGCUUGAGCAGCACGGGCGGCUGGACCUGGGCAUCCACACACUGCAGGCUGUGCACCUGUCCCAGCGAGGCGCCUACGGCGAGGACGGCUACUACCGCUGUGUGCGCCAGCUGCCGCUGCAGCCGCUGCAGGCGGAGGCGGAGGCGGGGGCGGGGGCGGGCGCGGACGAGUGACUGAGGAGGCUGGUGUCGAGGACCUGCGAGCGAGGACCGGUACCGUGCAAGACUGGCCCUCAGCCGCCACUGCUGGUACCGCACGGACUGGUAUCUUCGCUGUCGCUGCGAGCUAUGAUGGUGCUGCAGGUGGUAGCGGCGACAGGUAGGGGCGACAAUAUGCCCGGAUGCAAGUUUCUGCGGGAAAUUCGACUGGCGCCAGGACGCAGCAAAUGCGUCGCUUUUGUUGAAUUCCUGUAAUCGCAACGGCAAGGGCUGCUUUACCGCGCAGUGCGUGCGCUUGCAGUUCCCAAGUUUCCCGCCCGACGUUUUGACUUCUUAAACUAUUCUACCUGGGCGAACAGACCAUAACUUUGUCCGUCGCCGAUUUCUAGACACCGCGCCGAACAGCGACUGUGAUAAUCGGGGCUGCGAGUCACAUUCGGCCAAGCAGCACGGCCCGAAUUCAUAAAUGCAA